CCCCGCCAUAUUGGAUCCUAGCGAUAAUAUCUUCAGGGCUAACUAUUAGCUACCACAUGCCAUGCAGCUCAACCCAAGCUCAACCCCACGUCCAAUAAUCAACAUCUGAAACCUUUUAACACAACACUACACAACACAACAUAACAUAACAAUACUCAGUCCAGUGCCAAAUAACUUCGUCGGAGCUCUCUUCUUAGCUCGUAUUUAGAAUCCAAUCAAGCAAAAACUCGGAACUACCCGAUUGAGUCAAGGACUACCUAGGUACCUAGGCAAAGACCAACAUCAGAUCGAGCAACGAUGGAGGCUCUAGAAACGAUGCAAGCCCGGCAUCGCAAAGAGCAACGCGACUUGCAAUCGCGAAUCACAAGCAAGAAAAAGAACGCAACGAAGAAGACGCGGAAGGGAGUCAACGACGAGUGCGCUCAGCUCGAGAAGCAACUCAAGGAGAAGCACGAGCAAGAGAUCGCUACACUGAAUGGAGACGUACACGAUACGCCGGACGGAGGAGAGGACCGCCACCCACAUACCGAAGACGACGACGACACGCCGACGCCCGCGGACCCGACGAACGGUAUAAGCCAGAAGUUAAAAGACACCACGCUUUCCCCCUCCUCCGACACCAACGACAACGCCGAAGCAGCAAUCUCAAACACAGCCCAACUAUCGCAGCCCAAGAAACGCAACCGGCAAAAAGAGCGGAUGGCGCGUCGCGCAGCAGAGCAGGAAGCCGCGGCGGCAGCAGCAGAAGAGGAGGCGGCCAACAUGACGGACCACCGGACGGAAGAGCAGACGUCGCUGCGGCGCGCGUUCGCGGCGCACGGGCUCGUCGAGAAGGAGAUACGCCCCGACGGGCACUGCUUGUUCGCGGCGGUGGCGGAUCAGUUGCUGGUGUGUGGCGUGGCUCUAACCGCUGCUACCUCCUCUACCAACAAUACCAACGCUGAUACCGAAGUCCCGCCCUACAAAACUGUCCGCAGAGCCGCGACAGCGUACAUGGCGACCCACGCGGACGACUUCGCGCCGUUCCUGGAGGAGCCGCUGGACACGUACGUGGCGAAGAUGCGGGACACGGCGGAGUGGGGCGGGCAGCUCGAGCUUACGGCGCUGGCGAAUGCGUAUGGUGUUGAGAUUAGGGUCGUGCAGGAUGGGCGGACGGAGACGAUUGAGCCGAGUGUGGGGGGCGGUGGAGGGGAAGAGAGGAAGACGGUUUGGCUCGCGUAUUAUCGCCAUGGGUAUGGGCUGGGCGAGCACUAUAACUCGUUGAGGAAGGCUGGGUGAUGGGAUA